UACUAGACUGACGAGACCAACGAGAGUUGUAGCUCACGUUGUAAAAUACAGAGCUGUAGCUCUGGCUAAGAGGUUGUAGCCUUUUGGUUUCCCCGAAGAGUUGUAGCUCUCCGAAAAUAGGACUUGGAGGGUUGUAGCCUUUCGGCCAAGAGUUGGUGCUAGAUAACAAUCGAGAGUUGUAGCUCACGAUUUUGACCGUGUAGGAGUUGUAGCUCCUCGCUGACGAGUUGUAGCUUGUCAGUUACUUAGGCAAGGUCGAAGCCUUCCCUCGGAGAGUUGUUAGCUCUCAGAGUAUCCCGGGUUGAGUUGUAGCCCGACCAACUAGGGGUUAGGUUUAGGGGUAGACAUUUUUGGGGUGGGAUUUUAUAAUAUCAACUCUCUCUCGAGUAUAACGGCAUUUAAGUUAAAGUUUAUUUGUAAACCUGUACAAUUGGAAAUCUCGAAUAGAAGAAAUAUAUGUUGUAGAUUGUUUAUAUAAUAAAGUUGGAAUUGGAUUUUAAUUUGUGUCUAGAGAAAUUGCUUUGUAACGUAUCCGCCAUAGAAUCCUGGGCCAUAAAAUUUCGAUAAGCUUUAAAUUGGGGCGGGAAUUUUCUUGAGGUUUCGCCUUAAGAAAAUUCAGUCGUUACAAUUGGCGCUCGAACAGGGACUUGAACCCCGGACCCUCAGAUUUUUCUUUCAUUAUUGAGUUACGCAUGCGCAUCACAAUAUCGACUCGUUGAACAAGUUCCAUCCGUCCAUCUUAUCUACAGUAAGGGGUGAGAGAAAAUUACAUAUCAAAUAUGCAAAUAUUGCUGAAACAUGGAAUACAAAAGAUAUACAUAACAUGAUAGAUCCGCGAAUGCAACAAUCACAAUUACAUAAACAAAAAGAUGAAUCUACAAUAAAUAUUAAUAGAAACGAUGACAAAUCAAUAAAAGAUGAUAAUAUUAAUGUUGUAAAAAAUACUAACUCUAAAAAAACAAAAAAAAUUACAGAGCAUAAGUGCAAAUAUUGUGGUAAGAUUUUUCAACGUUUAAGUCCAUUUUUAAUCCAUAUUAGACAUCAUAAUAUGAUCCUGGCAUCGACCAAUCGUAUAAAUAUUAACGAUGACUUAACUCCUCAAAUUAAUGAUUCAACAAUGACAACUUUACAAAAUACAAAUAAUAUACUUGAGGUAACUGAAAAUCAUAAGGUAAUUGAAAAUCAUAAGGUAACUGAAAAUCAUAAGGUAUCUAAAAAUCAUAAUAAUAUACAACAUGUUACAAAUACCAAUAAUGAAAAUAAUAAUAGUAUUAAUGAUGAUAAAAAAAAAAAUAAUCGUACAAACAAUAAUAAGCCAAUAAUUAAUAUGCAUGAAAUAAAAAAAAUAUUGGAUAGGAACAAUAUCAAAAGCGAUGAUUCACAGUAUGUGAUGGAUUGUUUGUACGGGUUAAUGGCGUUAAAUGCUAAGUUAAAAGAAAUAGAGUCUUAUAUCCGUAUUAAAUAAAACACAUUUAAUAUAUGUAUUUACAAUAUCAUAUUGAAUUUUCUAUUGUAAUAUUCACUUCAAUAUUUAUAUCAUCAUCGAAUAAAAGAAUCCGUAUAUUCUUCAUCUAUAAUAUCUGAUUUUGUUUGUAUUAUAUUAUUGAUAUCAUUUUUUUUAUUUUCAUAAGUAAUCAUUUCAGAUUUUAAUUCUUCAACUUAAUUAAUUAUUAA